AAUCGUCUGCUCAGUUGUAAUUAUUUAAGCUCUUUUCUUUGCUUUGUUGACAACAUUGAAAUUUAUUUAAAAAAAUUUCAUGGUUGGUCAUGGUUCCUUGUUUGUGUUUGUGCGCGUUUUGAACGGUUAAAGUCAACUACAUCUUACCUCUUGCUUUUGUGAAUUUAUGUGACAGUGUUACUGUUAUAAUUUACAAAUUUCAUGUUUUCCACUGUUUUUGUAUAUCCUGUAUUACAUAUAGGCAUGAAACAAAACAGAAGUUUUCAUGGAGUGUCAUUCGUUUCGACUGUCAAAUGGCCUUUUCUCAUUCUCACCAAAUGGACUCUUUGCUGCUUUUUGUAAUCAACAAAGACUUACUGUAUGCCUGAUUUCAGAUUUUCAACCAAUUCGGGUGAUACAGUGCUCUGAAAUUGUAGAGCAAAUAGAAUGGAGCACUGAUUCAGAGCUUUUAUUAAGUGCCUACAUUAAAAAGGGUAAACUUGAAGUGUGGUCAGUAGCUCAACCAGAAUGGAAAUGCAAAAUAUCGACUGGCAGCCUUGGACUUAUUACAGCACAGUUUGCUCCUUCUUCCCGUCAUGUCCUUGCAACUGCAAGACUACAUUUGAGAAUAACCAUAUGGUCCCUUAGUGAUCAGAAUGUUUGCCAUAUAAAUCUACCAAAAGCGGCCAAUCCAGGUAUAGAUUUUUGUGUUGGAGGGACUCACAUGGCUGUUGUCGAAAGAAGAAUGGCUCUGGAUUGUGUCGCCAUUUACUCAUGUGAUACAUGGACCCAAGUCACUCUAAUAGAUUGCGCAGCCGUCGAUAUUGGUGGUGUGAAAUGGUCUCCAGACGGUUCAAAAAUAGCAAUCUGGGACGGAAUAAGUCAUUCGGGAAAGCUUGGGAUUUAUUUAAUCAGUGGCUCACAGUUAGCCGAAAUAACAAACCUUUUUGGGAUUCAUAGUAUUGAGUGGUCACCCAGUGCGCAAAUUCUUGCUGUUGCAACUGUUGGUUCUAAAGUAAAGCUCAUAAAUCAUUUAUCUUGGAAUCCUAUUGCAACGUUAAAUCAUCCAGCCAAGAUUCGCGAAAGCACCUGCGUUAUUUACUGCGAGUCUGAAGACCAACUGAAGUAUCAAAUCGUUGAAGAUCGACCUUUUACAUUACCAGGCGAAUCUUCCGUUGGGCAGCUUAUUUUGGCCUUUAGUUCUGACGCACGAUACUUGGCCGUCUUCGAUCAACAACGACCCCGUGUAUUAUGGAUUUGGGAAUUACCUUAUUUCUCGCUUAAAAGUGUACUGGUGCAUUGCUCCGCGAUCAGAAGUUUCAAAUGGUCCCAUACUGAUCCUCGUUUGGCUACCGUCUGUGGAAACGGUAAUUUCUAUGCCUGGACACCCGUGGGUAGUGCUAUUACGGAUCUUCGACCUACCAAUAUAAUUGCUUCAGCUCUAAAAGCAGAUCGUGCAGAUUGGACCGCUAGUGGAGAACAUUUGAUGAUUGCUGGUAAAGAUGUAGGCUGUGUGUGCCAAGUAAAAUAGUCAUUAACAAAAGAUUUAACCAGAUAAAGCAUAUCUUGUAUAAUUUCUGAAAUAUAUAUAUAUGGCACCAGUA